CGUUUCCACCCCUCUCAAUGUGUGUUGGAGGGACUGAGAUUGUCCCUCAGUGGAUGCUGAAGGUUACCGCGUGCGGAAAGCGCGCGCUCAGAUGCUGCGCUCGCACGCGCUGCUCAGACUUCGCCUGGACUCAAGCGGAUAUGCGCUGCGCCUGCUAAGUGUAGUUUAACACCUCCACAAAAUCAGGAAAAGCGUACUUACCUCAUGUUCACCUUCUUUUAAUCAUCACAAUGAAAUUUCCCCAUGGAAUUAGUCGCGUUUGCCGGUUUACAUUGGCUGUUUUCACCCGUGGAGCUGUAAUUGAGACAGAAGAGGAAUACAGUUACAGUCGCUCGGAUGGACAAGUGUAUCCGAUGGAGAAAAGUGGAUUUAAAAUAUAGGGAACGGGAUACUUCCGCUCUUUGGAUGAAAGUUGCGGUUUGAAGGGUCUCAGCUUGGCUUCAACCAUCUGAUGGAAGUCUUCACAGCGUAUGCCUUUAAUGAAAGCUUCUUUGAAAAUGCAUCACGGGACUUCAAUGCCACGGAACAAGGGGGGCGGCACCAGUACAAUUACUACGCUAUGCUUCUCACGCUGCUCAUUUUUGUCAUUGUCUUCGGCAAUGUGCUGGUGUGCAUGGCCGUGUCAAGGGAAAAAGCUUUGCAGACCACCACCAACUACCUGAUAGUCAGCCUGGCUGUGGCUGAUCUGCUGGUUGCCACGCUUGUUAUGCCAUGGGUGGUGUACCUCGAGGUGGUGGGAGAGUGGCGCUUCAGCACAAUCCACUGUGACAUCUUCGUCACCCUGGACGUGAUGAUGUGUACAGCCAGCAUACUCAAUCUAUGUGCCAUCAGUAUCGACAGGUACACAGCUGUAGCCAUGCCUAUGUUAUAUAACACACGCUACAGCUCCAAGAGGAGAGUCACCGUCAUGAUUUCUGUGGUCUGGAUUCUGUCUUUUGCUAUAUCAUGUCCACUGCUGUUUGGACUCAAUAAUACUGUAACCCAUGACGAUGCUCUCUGUGUGAUUGCGAAUCCUGCCUUUGUAGUUUACUCCUCCAUUGUGUCCUUCUACGUUCCCUUCAUCAUAACUCUGCUAGUGUACGUGCAGAUCUACGUGGUACUCCGGAAAAGACGGAAACGUGUCAACACCAAACGCACAUGCCCAGUUACAGACAUGGAUAUGAGCUCGACUAUAAAGAAAUGCACCCAUCCCGAUGAUGUGAAACUGUGCACUGUGAUCGUCAAGUCCAGUGGGAAUUGUCCUGUGAACAACAAAAAUGUGAUCUUCAUAAAAGAGGUUGUAAACAACGGGGACGACAUCCAGAUGGAUGAGAUCACAAACCGAAACCCUUCGAGACAGAGGAAGCAGGAUCAGUCUGGUGGAAGUCAACAAAACAGCCGGCUGGUUAACUCUAAUCUAAGAGAAACUGACAUAUCACCUCCAUCGCCUGAAGCUGGUGUCAAGCCUGAAAGAAAUGGCAACACCAGCAGUAUCACGAAAGGGGCCAAAGCAUUUGAGAUCCAGGUCUCCCCCACCGGCAAAACUCAGACAUCAGUCAAAACUCUUAACAAACGCAAAAUCUCUCAGCAGAAGGAGAAGAAGGCCACUCAGAUGUUAGCUAUUGUCCUUGGUGUAUUCAUCAUCUGCUGGCUGCCGUUCUUCAUCACACACAUUGUCAACACUUACUGCCAAGUCCCUCCUGAACUCUACACUGCCUUUACAUGGCUGGGCUAUGUGAACAGUGCCGUAAACCCAAUCAUAUACACCACUUUCAACAUCGAGUUUCGCAAAGCCUUCAUUAAGAUUCUGCACUGUUGAGACGGAACUCACUUCAAUGGAGCAGAAAGGGAUGGAAAUAAUACCUCAUCUGCAGUGGACACAGUGUAAAACUUCACUGGAAGAAUCAUAAACGCAUCCCAUACAGACUUGGGCCUGGAGGCUACUGUACAUCUCUUGCAUUUCACUGAGAUUAAAACUAAAGGAAUGUAUAUAAAUUGACUGUAUUAUAAAAAACAAUUUUGUUGUAAGAUCGUAUCAUCCAAAAAUGGAAAGAAAAAAAAAACCCUGGGGGAGAUGGGGCUUUUUAAUCAGUAUCUUCAGCACAGACAUGUUUGAGAUACUGUACAACUUCAAGCAAUGGCUUUCCUUAUCUGUUUGUCAGUAUUAUGUUUCUAAAUCUGCUAAAAAAAUCCCAAACGGAACUAGUGGAAAACAGCAUACAUAACAUUACUGUGUAUGGGGUGUAACGGUACACAUGUCACUGUUCAGUAUGUAUCUCGGUCUUGAGAUCACAGUUCAAUACAGCUUUGAUAAAACAGGAAUAAGCAGUAAAUCCCCAGUGCUUGCUUUUUUCUGUUUAUUUUGAACAGACAGAAGUGUCACAAUCAGCUACAGAUCUCAAAAGCUACUUCUGAUAUAAAAGUACAAAAUAAGUCGAUUAAUGAAACAUAAAACUUUAUAUAAUGAAGAGACUGUGUAUUAAUAAAUUAAAAGACAAGUUCAACCCUCUCCAAAAAUAACAAAUACACAUUAGUUGAGCAUUACAUUUAAGAUUCAUUCAUUUCCUUCAGCUUAGUCUCUAUUUCAGAGGUCGACCAGUACUGGCAAACAACCAUACACAUUCAUUCGCGCGCACACGCUCGCUCGCUCGCGCACACACACACACACAGUUUCCCAGAAGAAACCUACUUGAAUAUGGGGAGAACAUGUAAACUCCACGCAGAAAUGCCAACUUAGACUUGAACCAGUGACUUUCUUGCUCUGAGUUGACUGUGCUAACCACUGAGCCACCAUGCCGCCCCCAAUUUAAGAUUCGAUAAGCUUUAAAUCUGAAAUCUCUUUUAUUGAAAAUGCCAGCAUGGGAUGUCCAUUUAUCUGUUAUUAUAUUAGCAGCAGGUGCACUCCAACUUUAAAAUGAGCUGAAACAACAUGAUUUUGGGGGGAAAUUUACUUGUUUUGUGUUCAGUCUACUCAGAUUAGAUACGUUAAGUUAGUAGAUUUGUGUUGAGGCAACAUGAAUGAAUUGUGUGGAACCCUGCAUUUUUUACAGUGUGCAGUGAGCAACUCCUGAUCAGUCACUGCCCUUGUGUGUGUGGGACCACAGACUGGUUUACGUACUGUACACACAAACUGGGUGCGUCCCAAAUAUUGGGAUAUUGGGUAUGCAUAUUGCAUACUUAUGCACUAUUUUACACCACUUAAGAGUAUAAAUAGUCUGAUAAUCAAUAAAAUAAAAUAAUAGACUGAUUUAUACUUCUCCGUCAACCUCUCAAAAAUGUAACUACACGUCACAACAACGCUAAGCACAAGCACUGUGAUAGGUCGGCUUGGUAGCGCUGAUGACCUUGGGUGGGCGGGAACUAGAGCUGCGUGAGUCCGUUGGAGCGAGUGUUUACAAGUGUCGAGUCCCAUGAAGGAGCUCCAAAUGGAACAUUUUGUUUUGUGUUUAUCUUAUGAUUAAAGUUGUUU